AUGAAGACUAUCGCUUUCUUUGCUGCCGCUUUGGCUUUUCUCUCGGCUAUGACCGUCCAGGCCCACAUUGGUAUGAAAGUCCCCUGCGGUCGAUACCACUCCGCUGCCGGCUGCCCUGCUCCUCCACCAGGCCAAUCCAUUGAUUACGACAUCAACUCCCCUAUCGGCACCUACGAUAACCCAGCCCGCCCUCUCUGCAAGCACACCGUCCCAUACACCAAGCGCACCGUCUAUAAUGCUGGUCAGACCAUCAACACCGCCUACUCUGUUGGUGCUGCCCACGGAGGUGGACACUGCCAAUGGGCCCUCUCUUAUGACAACGGUCAGACAUGGGUUGUCAUCAAGACCGUCAUUCGUGAAUGCUUCAGAAACGCUGGCAACGAGUACUCUGUUCCUGUCCAGAUCCCUUACGAUGCUCCUUCUGGCAAGGCUACGUUUAUGUGGUUGUGGAACAAUGCUAUCGGCAACCGUGAGUUAUACUCCAACUGUGCUGACAUUGAAAUUAAAGGUACAAAUGGUGGCAGCAUUACUGGCGUUGCUCCUCUCAUUGCCAACUAUGGUCGCUCCUCUGUCUACCUUCCUGAAUUCUCCACUGGCCCCGAUGGUCGUGAGCACUUCGACAAGCGCAAGCCUGUGACUAUCUAUGUCUCGGCCAGUGUCUAA